GGGAGUUUAAUUAAUGAAGUAAGAAUAUUUUCAAAUGGGUACUUUUAUUUUAAUAAGAUAGACGAGAAUCCUAGAAAGUCUAUCGAAAACCUUCAGACCAUUUAUUAAUUUAUUGCCGUAAUUAAGCAAAUGAUUAAAAUAUAAAGGCCGUGGCAAAUGUAGAAAUAUUUUAUUCCAAAAAUUGGUAUAAACACGUGUAACAAGUAGUCUUCUUUUGGAAGAACAAAUAAUUAAGAAAAUAAAAAACACAGAAAAAAAUAACAGCUCAGAGAACUACAUAGGCGUAGGUAGAGAGAGCGGCUUCACGAUGAACACGGAUGAUAAAAAGGAGAAGGCAGGAGCACCCAUGUUAGCAGCAGAAGCACCAAAGUCAAACGCUGACAUGGAAACGCAGCCUCCAAACGGGGGCGGUGGAAAACGCAACCGCAAAAUCUGUAUCUGCGUCAGUCUCCUCAUCCUCAUCCUCCUCCUCAUCUUUAUAGUUCUCCUCGUCUUAGGCCUUACUCUUUUCAAACCCAAAAACCCAACCGCUACCGUCGACUCCGUCGCCGUGGAACGGCUUCGAACUUCCGUCGACGUCCUCGACUUCAAGGCCAACCUAAACCUAACGCUCCAAGCCCAUCUCGCCUUGAAGAACCCAAACCGGGUCGGAUUCAGCUUCGGCUCCACGUCUGCGUUGCUUAACUACAAUGGCCAGUUGGUAGGCGAAGCGCCGCUCCCGGCGAACAAAGUCGGGCCGCAGAAAACGCUGCGUAUGAACAUAACGCUGACGUUAAUGGCGGAUAGACUACUAUCCGAGUCGCAAGUUUUCAGUGACGUUAUGUCUGGUUCCAUCCCGGUCAACGCUUUUGUCAAGGUCGCCGGGAAAGUAAGCGUUUUCAACAUGUUCAAGAUUAAAGUGAAGUCGUCUGCUUCCUGCGAUGUGACCAUCUCUGUUUCGAGUCGCAACGUUACGAGUCAACAUUGUAAGUAUUCAACCAAGCUGUAGUUUCCUUUAAUCUAUAGAUCUAUACUUUUCUUGUUCUUGAAAUCUUUUAUCUCUUGUGUAUUUGCUAUAAGAACAAAUAAAAACAAAAGCAUUUGCCUUUUUCUCGUUUUCAUAUAAUCCAUGUUCAGAUAAUCAGAUAGUCAUUAACAAUCAAUGUGUCAACGUAACAUAUGUCUAUGUUGUUAACUUUUUUCAUGUGAGAAAAAGUCAAAGAACAGCAAAUCAGAUUAUAAUUAAAGUCAUAAUAAUACAUAAUAAAUUUGUCAUGACCAAGCUUAAACGUUACCCCAAACGGUGCCUUUGCUGCAUGUUUUCUUGUAUCAGCACCGUUCUUCUAAUCCUUAUCUUUAUCAUUGCCUUGACCUUGGCAUUGCCGGUUUACAAAGCAAGAAACUCGAGAAUUCGGAUCCAAUGUGCAGCUUUACAAGGCAUGGCCUCGAGUAUAGGUUCAGCUCAGUUUCACACUUAAGUCGGCCAGGUUCUUGUGAAGAAUCGCAAGUCGCAUACCGGGGAGAAGCAAGUGGGUGAUGUCCAUCUACCUUCGGGUGCUUUCCGGAGAAAAGGAAUCUUCAAGAAGCUAUUUCAGAUUGUGAGAUCUCCCUCGACUUUUCUUCCAUGAAAGUUCAGAACAAAGAGUGUGAAAUGAGCACCAAGCUGUGAAUUAACCUAAACUCUAUUCUCCAUUGUUGGCCCUUAGCUUACUAUUUAUCCUUCUUUCAACUCCACUUUGAAAUCUAUCUUAUUAAAGUAUAAAUAUUUUAAACUUUUGUUUGGCAACAUAUAUAGCAGUUAAAGCUGUUUGGAAACAUAGAUAGCAGUAAAUUAGAAAAAAAAGA